AUGAAUUGGCUGUCAGAGGAGGGACGCAUUACGGGUAGGUUUGUCAGCACAAAUGUUGUCAACCUUUCGAAGAAGGAGCUGUCGGAAGAUGAUGUUUCACUGCUAUCCAAAGGCCUCAAGUUUUGCCCAACACCAAAGGAAAUAAACAAAGCGGAACUGAGAGCGGACCUUGAGGAGUUUAAACGAAGAAUGAGAUUAAAAUGGCAUUUUAAGGACAACACUAAAACAGAAAAACAGUUAUUUAGAAAUAGGUCUAACUGGCAGCCCCCUAAGAAUAACCUUCUUUUUGAGAACUAUAUUUCGCUGGUGGAGAAUGAGGUGCUGUCUGUCUCACCGGAGGGUAAGAAUUUUAGUAAUCUCUCUCCUUCAGAACUCUCUUCACUCGAUAAGCUUAAAUGUGAUAGGGACAUAAUUAUAAAAGAAGCAGAUAAGGGUUCAGCGGUUGUAGUUUGGGAUCGGGGGGACUAUAUAAUGGAGGCUAACCGACAAUUAGACGAUAGGCAGGUAUAUGAAGAGGUUGAGGUGGAUCCCUCUGUAGAACUGGGUAAGACCAUAAAUGAUGAGUUAAAAGAAAUAAGGGAGGCGGACCCGGCGUUAGAUGAAGUGGCUGGCUAUUUAGAAGUAAACAAUCCUAGGUUAGGUAGAUUUUAUUUGUUGCCUAAGAUUCAUAAGGGUCUUAGUAAUGUAAAGGGGCGUCCAGUCAUUUCAAAUUGUGGUACAUUAACCGAACAUGUUUCAGAAUAUCUAGAUUACCACCUCAACUCGUUGGUUAGCCAAAGUAGGUCUUAUGUUAAAGAUACAAACCAUUUUUUAUCUAGGAUAGGAAAUAUAGGAACUAUACCAGAAGGGGCAAUUUUAUGCACUGUUGAUGUUGUGGGACUCUAUCCUAGCAUUCCACACGAGGAAGGUUUAGAGGCCGUAAGGGAGGCGCUGGAUAGACGGGAAAAUCCAGGCGUGGCUACUGACACAUUAGCUGGGCUCGCUUCCUUAGUAUUGGAGAAUAACUAUUUUGAAUUUAAUGAUAGGUUUUAUAAGCAGAAGUUAGGUACGGCUAUAGGCACGAAGUUCGCUCCGGCCUAUGCCAAUCUUUUUAUGACUAGGUUAGAGGAGAGGUUGAUGGAUACCUUCGCCGACAAGCCCCUUGUCUGGAUGAGAUUUAUCGAUGAUAUUUUCUUUAUCUGGACACACGGGGAGAAUAGGCUGAAGUUAUUCAUUGACCAUCUCAACAGUAGCCACGACACAAUUAAGUUUACCAGUGAACAUUCUACAGAAUCUAUUAGUUUCUUAGAUGUCACGGUAAAAGUAGGAGAGGGGGGAGUCCUUAUGACAGACUUAUUUUGUAAGCCAACUGAUACCCAUCAGUUCUUACAUAAGAAGUCUUGUCACCCUUGGCAUACAAAGAAGGCGAUCCCCUAUAGUCAGGCUCUUAGGUAA